AUGACGGUGGAUUUCGGGAACGGCGGUGGUGGCUCUGCCAUCGCCGAUAAAUCAGAGAGGGUGGCGCGAUUUUCGGGGCUAGGGAUUUCAGACGACUGGUUUGAGGGUGGUGGUUGUUGGCUACGGUGGUGGUGGUUGUUUUCAUAUUUGAGGGUGGUGCUCUUGAAUCUGAGGGUGGUCGGUGGUGGUGGUGCUCCGGUCGCCGGCGGCAGUGAGUUGCUGGCAAAUUUGUGGUUGGAGUUCGAUCACAAUCGACCAGAUUCUCGAAUUUGGGUGACUUCAAAAGAUGGAAUGUUUCAUCCAAGGGACCUGUACUUCGCCAUUGCAAAUACAUCAACAAGUGAGGAACAAGCUACAGAUCAUUGGCCAAGUUUGUGGUGGAAAGCCAUUCCGUUGAAGGUUUCGGCUUUUGUUUGGAAAGCAUUGCUUGAUAGAUUGCCAACGAAGGAUAAUUUGAUUAAAAGAGGAAUUUUACACUCGCAAGAAGACGGUGUCUGUUCUUUGUGCUGGGUUCAAGAUGAAUCUUCGUGCCAUGUCCUUCUUAUCUGCUACGAGGCACUCCUUGUAUGGUCUAAGGUUUGUGGUUGGAUUGAUUGUUCUUUACUUUAUGCGGCUACUUUGAAGGAACAUUUCGAGGAGUUUGUGAGCUUUGGUGUUGGGAAAGUAAAGAAGAAAAUUCUUGGCCUUAUUUGGCAAUGUGUUGUGUGGAGAAUUUGGAAGGCGAGAAAUGAGAAGAUUUUCAAAAACUCAAUACCGAUCGCGGAGAACAUCGUGGAGAGUAUUAAGUUCUGCUCAUGGAAAUGGUUGAAGGCGCACUACCCAUCUUCCUUUUAUGCCUCUCUGCAUGAGUGGAGUUCACAUCCUAUCCUUUGUAUGCCGACUAAUCUUUAG